UUUGUAUUAGGUAGGAUUCCUAAUUUAGGAAUGUUUUCACGUUUUUCGCUGGUUGUUGAUGAAUUAAAUAUAUUUCAUGGAAAAUGGGUCGCAAAUGUGAGUUCUACUUUUGUUCUUACAAUGAUGGACUAGGAAAAUCAUCCUUUGGUUUCCCACGCGACGAAAAGUUAUGCGCAGAGUGGGUAAAAUUUUGCGAUUCGAAGGAAUUGACUGCUGUAUUCCAAGCAGAAGGUGCGUUAUCGUUACGAAAGCGUCGUUUAUGCUCAGAUCACUUCCAGCCUUCGGAUUUCAGAAACAUUCAACAGAAGGAAAAAGGAUUACGUGAAGGUGCCAUACCUUCCUAUUUUGUUAUUCCUACAAGAGCAGGUACGUUUUCCGUAAAGUUUCUGAAUCCAAACUGAAUUGACAAGCAAGCUUAUGCUAUUGUAAACCGUGUAAAUAAAUUCCAUAUGGAAUUCAAGAUAUUUUUACUUGAAAAUAAAUUUAUUAAACAAUA